AUGUCUGCUGUCCGUUCUUCUUUGAGGGCUGCCCUCAAGGCUUCCAACGCCAAUGUCUCUGCCCGUUUCUACUCCUCCAAGACCGCCACCUUGAAGGAGACCCUCGCUGCCAUGAUCCCUGAGCAGCAGGAGCGUGUCAAGGCCUUGAAGAAGGAGCACGGCCACAAGGUCAUCCAGGAGGUCACCCUCGACCAGGUCUACGGUGGUAUGCGUGGUAUCAAGUCUAUGGUUUGGGAGGGUUCCGUCCUCGACUCUGAGGAGGGUAUCCGUUUCCGUGGUUUGACCAUCCCCGACUGCCAGGCUCAGCUCCCCAAGGCCCCUGGAGGCGAGGAGCCCCUUCCUGAGGGUCUUUUCUGGCUUUUGCUUACCGGCCAGGUCCCCUCAGAGCAGCAGGUCCGUGACUUGUCCGCUGAGUGGGCUGCCCGUGCCGAUCUCCCCAAGUUCGUUGAGGAGCUCAUCGACCGCUGCCCCACUACCCUCCACCCCAUGGCUCAGUUCUCUCUGGCCGUCACCGCCCUCGAGCACGAGUCUGCUUUCGCCAAGGCCUACGCCAAGGGUAUCAACAAGAAGGAGUACUGGGGCCCCACCUUCGAGGACUCCAUGGACGUCAUCGCCAAGUUGCCCAACAUUGCCGGUCGCAUCUACCGCAACAUCUACAAGGACGGCAAGGUCGCCCCCAUUGACAAGUCCCAGGACUACUCCUACAACUUGUCCAACAUCCUCGGCUUCGGCGAGAACAAGGACUUCGUCGAGCUCAUGCGUUUGUACUUGACCAUCCACACUGACCACGAGGGUGGUAACGUCUCUGCCCACACCGCUCACCUUGUCGGUUCCGCCCUUUCCUCCCCCAUGCUCUCCCUCUCCGCUGCCUUGAACGGUUUGGCUGGUCCCCUUCACGGUCUUGCCAACCAGGAGGUUCUCCGCUGGAUCGAGCAGAUGCGUGACACGAUUGGUACCGGUGUCUCCGACGAGACCAUCAAGGACUACCUCUGGAAAACCCUUAACUCCGGCCGUGUCGUUCCCGGUUACGGUCACGCCGUUUUGAGGAAGACUGACCCCCGUUACAUGGCUCAGCGCGAGUUCGCCCUCAAGCACCUCCCCGAGGACCCCAUGUUCAAGCUCGUCUCCCAGGUCUACACCAUCGCCCCUGGUGUCUUGACCGAGCACGGUAAGACCAAGAACCCUUACCCCAACGUCGACGCCCACUCCGGUGUCCUCCUCCAGUACUACGGCUUGAAGGAGGCUAACUACUACACCGUCUUGUUUGGUGUUUCCCGUGCCCUCGGUGUCCUUCCUCAGCUCAUCUGGGACCGUGCCCUCGGUAUGCCCCUUGAGCGCCCCAAGUCUUUCGACACCACCCACUGGGAGAAGAUCGUCAAGAAGCUCUAA